GGUUAUCGAGUCGUCGGAGUUAGUCUAACGUGAAACGUUAUCUCGACAUCUACUGUCAACGAUGUUUCGAAUCACCCUUGUCGCCGGUUUCCUUAUCGCCGCUCUGGCGAUGGUUUCAGCCGAGGAACUCUACUCCGACAUACACGACGACAUUGACGUGAUGGGAAUUCUCGAAAACCCUGAGGUUCGCAGGAAAUAUUACGAGUGCUUCAUGGAUUUGGGACCAUGCCUUACCGAGGACGCGAAAUUCUUCAAAGGACAUUUUCCGGAUGCAGUAGCCAGUCACUGCCGUAGAUGCACGGAUAAGCAGAGGGAGCAUUUCGACACCGUGGCUGUAUGGUACACCGAAAACGAACCGGAAGAGUGGAAAUCUCUGAUCGCUAAGGGCAUCGCGGAUGCCCACGCCGGGAAAUAAGGCAGAGGCUGAAGGAACAUCGAUCCUAGAAUGCCGACCAUUGAGUGAAAACUCCUGGAUACCCAAUAUUAAUUACUACAUCUUGGUAUUUCAAUUGUAUAUGCUUGUAAUAUCAAAAUUCUGUAUGCGUAUUUCGUUAUUGUUGUUGAAAUUCUUGUGAAAGCACAUUAUUGUUCCGACGUACAAUCAUGGAUGUUCAAUGCAAUAUUUCUUGUUCAAA